UAAAAUGCUGUCAGCGGUGGGAACCAAUCCAGACCAUUUAAUUGAUAUCACCAUGCUCCAUCGGCGAAAACACAAUUUGUGUGUGCACAGCCGGGCAUAUUUAUGAUGUGUUUAUAAUAUUUUCGUUCGAAAUUCGAUGUCUUUGUUCCAUCUCGGCAAGAACAUACUGAAAUUUCUUGUGCGAACAGUGAAAUUAAAGUGUGCCUGUCUGUUUUGUCUGUUCUAUUCUUAAGAUCUAAUUCCCUUUUUUUUCUAUUACUCUUGUUUUCAAAAUCUUCUAAUUACCAUGUCUACUGCGCUACCUGAAACCCAAACUCCUGAAUUCCUCAGCCUUACCCCGACGAUGAAGAACAACAUCAAACCUGCACUUAAUCCAUGGGGAAGACUUUAUUCAACUUAUAUCUUCUUGGAACCCUUUGAUCUCGUGCAGAUGAGCUUUACGCUGGGAAGGGCAGAAAACAGUGAUGUUAUCAUUACUGCUGACAAGGUGCCUGUGCAUAGGGUGACAAAUAUAAGUAAAGUACAUUUUAAAAUUUACAAGGAAAAUGGCCUUGUUUACAUCACAGAUUUGAGCAAAAAUGGUACAUUUAUCAAUGGGAAACUUAUUGGGAAGGGAAACAUGAACAUCCUUCAGAAUGAUGAUGAAAUUGCCAUUGGGUUUAAAGGCCUUAAAGUGUAUGUUUUUAAAACAAUGCAAUCUGAUGAUAACAAGUACCUUCCACCUGAGUUGAGGAAGAAGUACCAGGUGUCUCGGGUUCUUGGGACUGGAGCUUGUGGGGAAGUCAGAUUGGUCUUUGAUAAGGAGACCUGCAUCCCUUAUGCUGUUAAAAAAGUGGUGAAGGGGAAGAAUUCUGCAAGCACUCAGCACAUGCUCAACCAUCCAUCAAAGAUCAACGCUGAAAUUAACAUCUUACGGUCUUUGGAUCACCCUUUCAUUAUUUCAAUGAAAAACAUCGUCGAAACCGAGGAGUGCGUUUUCAUGGUUCUGGAAUAUAUGGAAGGCGGUGAACUCAACGAUCUGAUUCUCUCCACUCAGCGAAUUAGUGAAGAACAAGUCAAGUUCUUAUUUUAUCAAAUAUUGUUGGCUGUGCAAUAUCUUCAUAGUAAAGGCAUCACGCAUAGGGAUUUAAAGCCUGAAAAUGUCCUCUUGCAAGAGUGCAAACCUAGUUCUAUGAUCAAGAUUUCCGAUUUCGGGUUAAGCAAAAUCUUGUCCGAUGAAAACGAUUUGAUGAAGACUGUUUGCGGGACUCCUAGUUACGUUGCGCCUGAAAUCUUGGAUAGAUCUGUAGACGCUUAUACUCAGAAAAUCGAUGUCUGGAGCUUAGGCGUUCUCCUCUUCUACAUGCUCAGUCAAGAUUUACCUUUCAGAGCUCCUGAAAGGACGUUAUUGAAUAGGAAAAUCUUAAACGGGUAUUACGAGUUUUCCGGAGACGUUUGGAAAACGGUUAGCGAAUCUGCAAAAGAUCUGGUCAAGAGCAUGCUGACCUUGAAUCCAGAAGAUAGAAUUUCCAUCGAACAAAUCGUAGCCCAUGAAUGGAUCCAAAAGGACAAUUUGACUGUACAAAAAGUGGAAUAUAUACUCUUCGGUCAAAAAGAGACCAUGUGCGUCGACGAUAAUGAUUCGGACAAUGACGACGACAGUAUUAUCUAUUCCCCGCGUUUAAAACGCUCAAAGUUAUCCGAAAGUAUUCUCGACUAAUUAUUAUUUUUGUUUGUUUUUUUUUUGCCUAGAUUUAUAUAAAAAGUAUUAUCUAUGUUCUAUUUGUGUUACGGAGAUUUAUAGAAAUCUUAACUUCAUCUUUGACGUAUUCGUUAAAUCAAUCAAAAACAAAUGUAUUACUUAUAUAUUUUCUUUAAAUGCUCUUAUAUAUUUUUUUGUUAUUUAUAUAUUUAUAGUGCAAUUUUAAUUGCCAAAAAUAUGCACUGCAUCAGUGGUCAAAUGUUGUGUUAAAAUAUUGUUGAUUGCGCCACUUAUUCUCAAGUGCAUUUUUAUACUUUCUACCAAUAAAUAUUU